CCCACGACAGGCAAAUCAAAGUAAAGAAAGUUGGUAAGCGAAGAAAACGUGAACAGGCAAAUUUAACUACAAAAGGAACUGAAACGCACUAGCAUUUUGUUGUUUUGUUUUACGGCUGGACAAACCCUAACAAAUUACACUACCAGAUAUUACUCCUCCCAGACAAUGCCUAUUGUGCUUCACCUCUUCUGCUUGACUGAACACACUCACAGAAGUGCCCUCUAACUAUAAGUGUAGCACAUGACUUGUCAGUUACUCUCGUAUCUUGUGUUCCGUGGCCUCACCCUGUGUCUUAACACCCUCCCACCUCCGUGCCUCUCACCGGCCUCUGCUGCUGCUGCUGGGCUCCUUGCACAGAGAACAAAACCUGCUUGUCUGGCUCUACAACAGGAAACCAAUCAAAGGCUGAGGUGAGAGAAGAGACAAAUAGAUCAGAAAAAGUACAAGCAUACGUUUUCCGCUUGAGAUCUAAAAGUGUGGGUGGCCUACACAAACACAUGAAUUGCCAUGGAGAAGUUGGAUUAUACUAGCAGAUGGGUGAUUUGAAGUUUUCUGUUUUGCUAAAAAUGGAAACGUGGUACCUGCUAAAAGACACCUGGACUUAAGAGAACAGAACAGAUUUUUUUUGUUUUUUUUUGUUUGUCUAAGUAACAUAGUUAACAUUUGCAGCAUCACAACAAUGGCAACGGCAAGUUCAGAACCACCCAAAAACCCAAAUUCCAAACAGCUGACCAAUACAGACAGGCGUUUGGUGGAAAAGGUUUUGAAAAAGUUGGAGAGGCUGUUUGAGCUGUGUACGGACCCACGUUUAGGACUCAAAAACAGCCCCCCUUAUUUGCCUGACCUGGUGAGUGAGACCACCGCCUUCCUUCUUCAAGUGUGGGAGCCAUACACGGACCUUGGUGUGACAAUGGACCAGACACCCAAGGGAGAUGAGGCCAGGUACCUACGAAUCCACGUGAGGAAUCUGCUGGAUAAGACGGACAAGGCGCUACUUCUUUUCAGAGAGGGAAAAGAGAAGAUUUUUGAACAGACAUCAAGUUCCAGGAGAAACCUGACGAAGCUUUCCCUGCUCUACAGUCACAUGCUGUGGGAAAUAAAGGCGCUGUUUCCCGGGGGGAGAUUCCGCGGCGACACCUACUGUGUGACCAAGACCGAGGCCCAAGAGUUCUGGAGGCGGUCGUUCAGGCACAAGUGUAUAGUGCAGUGGAACAGUUUUAAAGAGAAGCUACAGAGCGUACAUGCGUUUGAAGAGGGGAUGGAGGCUAUGGCUUUGAAAUCCACUAUUGACCUGACGUGUAAUGACCACAUAUCAGUGUUUGAGUUUGACAUUUUCGCCAGGUUAUUUCAGCCCUGGAAGACUCUGCUCCGGAACUGGAACUAUUUAGCGGUGACCCAUCCCGGAUACAUGGCCUUCCUCACCUAUGACCAGGUGGUGCGGCGCCUGGAGCACUACCUGCACAAACCGGGGAGUUACAUCUUCAGACUGAGCUGCACUCGACUGGGGCAGUGGGCCAUAGGUCAUGUGACCACUGAUGGUGCUGUCAUCCAGACCAUUCCCCAGAACACACCUCUGUACCUGGCUCUGAUCCAGGGAUACAAGGAGGGCUGCUAUCUCUACCCAGACGGCCGUGAUAUCAACCCUGACCUCACCAGCCUAUGUGAAUCCUCCCAGAAAGGCAAAGUUAAAGUCACAGAAGAGCAGUACGAGUUAUACUGUGAGAUUGGCAGCACUUUCCAACUCUGUAAAAUCUGUGCGGAGAGAGACAAAAACAUUAGGAUCCAGCCCUGCGGUCAUCUGCUGUGCCACACGUGCCUCUCAGGUUGGCAGCAGAAGUCAGCUGGACACACGUGCCCAUACUGCCGCUGUGAUAUUAAAGGCACUGAGUCGGUGGUGGUGGAGCCCUUCACCCCUGAUCCCGUCCUACACCACGAAGUGCAGUGGAGAGAAGAGAUAGAAGAUGAAGACCACGAAGACAUCGAAGUCAUGGUCAAAGAAAUGGCUGCUUUGAAGUUCUCUAGUUUGGACUACCAAACCCCCUCCUCCCGACCAGUGCCUAACCCUCCUCUGCCCGCUAAAGCCAGUAGAUCUCCCCAAGGCCACGAGGACUUUUCUGACCCCAAGAACCACACAAAACAUGCAACGAGCUCAGCAACUCAGAGCAACAAUGAAGCAUCCACAAUACAAAACAACACCAAAAGUGGUGACUCAAGUACCCUCAAGGAGAACAGGUCCAGUGGUCUGAAACUGCAAAAACAACGCACCCUCUCCAGCAGUGCUGAAUGUCUAACAGAAUUCAAUCCAACGACCUCCAACAAGAAUGAAUGUGCAGCAGCUUGGCUCGGACCGUCCAGCCCCGUCAAACAGAGGAAAAAACUAAAGGAAGCAGAACUGAGGAGAGUCGCUCAUAAGAAAGACAAGAGUUCCCUCGGAGAGAUGACAAGAACCUUGUCCUCUUGACCCCUCCUUCAUCCGGUGUGACGGCAACCAUCACCUCACAAGAACUCGCUCUCAUUGGAAAACAUUUUAGCUGUAAUCUUGCCAUCACAGAGUAUGUGCGUGGGAGACACAGACCACCAACUGUUCAGUAAUCACCUCACCAUCAGUUUGGCCUACUCUAAAUAUAGAGCGGUUUUCUUAAUGAAUUUGUUUAUGGGGCUUCCAUUACUGCAGUGCAUCUCAUCUUUAUUAACCGCCCGGAAUGACAACAGUAAUGAGAGACUGGUGGUUAGGCUGAGAUUGAGUUGGGUAACCUGAGAUAAACUGCAUGAAAGAACUGAUUAAUUAGUAAACAAAAUAACAAUUAAACAGCCACUAACUUAGUUUCCUCUGACAAAUCUUACCACAGCAAUAAAUGAUCAGUAUUCAGAUAUGGUACAUCUGUUCACAAGCUCCUAUAGGGAAAUGCUAUAGUGCAUAACAAAAUGCAUUUCAUUUUGCUUUAGCAAAUAAAGAAUUUUUCAACAAGAA